AUGACAAAUCCGACAUUAAUAUUGUUUCAGUAUUAUUGUGUACCUAAUUCAAAUACGUUUGACUCGUUUUCAACUUAUUUUACCAUCCUGAGUUUAGUGUAUGUAAACAAUGAAAAAAAUAAAAGAAUGUUAGAAUAUAUAGGAUUUUUACAUACACAAGAAAAAAUUUGUAAUGAAAAAGUGUAUUGGAAAUGCUCCGAAAGUAAAAAACUGAAAUGCAAAGGUCGAGUUCAUGUUGUUAACGAAAAUAUCGUGAAGUUCAUCGAACAUAAUAAUCAUGUACCAAAUGCAUCAAAAGUUGAGGUUAAGAAGGCUAUAUCACAUUUAAAGGAGAUUUCAUCCCAAUAUACACUUAGUACUCAUGCUGUUAUUGGAGAAAUGUCAUGA